AAAGAAGCUAGAGGGAGCAUUACUUUAUGCACGUCCCUUCACCAUUCAAAAAUCAAAGGGCACAUCUGUCAUUUCAUCUCAACCUCCCUGUCUUCUCCAACAAGAAACUAACAUUAAGGGUAUUUCAGUCACUUCCUAAUACUUAAUUUCUUCACCCGAAAUAGUCGAGCUUCCUAGUUACACCGCCUUUAGAAUAUUUUUCCUAUUUUUCGGCGAAAUUGGAGAACAAAAUAAAUAUAAAAAUACAGAAAAGCCCCAAAAAAACUUACCAAACCCUAAUUUCUCACUCCGAAACAAACGUUCCUUAGACUUUUCCCUCCUCUAUUUCUCUAGAUCUGUUUUCCAUCAUCGUCACGUUCUUUCUCAGAUCUGAUAAACCUACACCACGCGCCGAGAUCUGGGUGACACGCGCCGAGAUCAGUAGGGUACGACAAGUAUGGUGGUAAUGAAUGGAAGGCCUAUGAAGCGGUUGAAGAGGAGAGUCACGGCGGAUCUCAACGACUUUCUCACGUUCCCCGACGUCGGCAGUAUUGCCGGUGGUAGUAGCGAACCGUUCAGGACGACGGUAAAGGCUUUUUUGUCGAAGCACGCGCUCUUACCGCCGCCUUCGUCGCUGUUUCCUCACCUGCUGACGUGGCAGAUCCUCUUCCGCGUCGGCGACCUCACCAACGACGUCGGCGACGAGGACUCUUCUCCGGCAAUCGUCUGCCUCGAUGUAAUCGAAGAAGACGUCGCCAGAUCUAGAUCCGUUUAUUGCGACCAGUGCCGAGUCGUUGGUUGGAGCAGUAAUCCAGUUUGUGCAAAGCGUUUCCACUUUAUUAUUAAGUCAGACGGAAACUCAAUCGGCGGUUAUAACAAGCCGUGUGCCGGCUGUGGUGAAGCUCUUCACUUAUCUGAGUCUAGGUGCAAAUCAUGUAAUCAUGUUAUGACUACAGAAGAUGUUGAAGAUUGGAUGUAUCAUCAGUUAGAAGAUAACAGUCAUCUUCUGCAUGCUGUGAUCCAUUCCAAUGGCUAUGGUCAUCUUCUCAGGGUAAACGGCAGAGAAGGUGGCUCCAGGCUGCUUUCUGGGAACAAUAUAAUGAAUUUCUGGGAUCGACUUUGUAAAGUUAUUGGAGCGAGAAAAAUCAGUGUAAUGGAUGUUUCGAAGAAGUAUGGUUUGGAAUUACGUCUACUACAUUGCCUUACAAAAGGUCAUCCCUGGUAUGGUGAAUGGGGUUAUCAGUUUGGAGCUGGUAGUUUUGGUUUGACUCAAAAUGCGUAUAAACAAGCUGUGGAAAACCUUUCUUCUCUGCCCUUGACCAUAUUUUUAUCUCAAGGAAGGAAACCUCGAACGCGUUUGCAGGAUUUGAUUUCGUUUUAUCAGUCGUUGUCGGAAGGUGAACUUGUAAAUAUUAGAGACCUGUUUAUUUUUCUGACUAGUUCAAUUCGUGAUGCCCGCAAAUCUGCAUUGGGGGCUGGUGAUAAUUCCACUUGUAAGAAGCGCAAACUUUGCGACUCCAAGUCUAAGGUCUUAUGUGCUUGGACCAGUAAUGAUGUUUUACGUGUUGAAGAAGCAAUGUUUAGAGUAUUACGAGCUGUUUCUGGUUCUAAUUGGGUCAGCUGGCGUGCUCUUAGAGGUGCGGUCUGUAAAGCUGGACCUCCGGAACUACUUGAUUAUUGCUUAAAGGAACUCAAUGGGAAGCAGGCAGCCGAUGGGAUGGUUGUCAAUGCCCGUUGUGUUAAUGGAUCCGGCGCUAUGGAGUAUAAACUUGAGCGUGGCAACCCAAUGGUUAAUGUGAAUACAAAUGGGAACAGAUUGCCUUGCACUCCAAACUUCCCAUCUGAGGAACAUCUGCGUCGAGAUUUGAAGUACUUGUAUGAGUGCAUGCUAAACCCGCAGACAAUGUUAAAUCAUAUUCCUUUAACCAAAAGGGAACUCGCAGUUCGCUCCGCUAAAAUUGUUCUUGAUUGCAAGCAAUUUAUGAAAGAAUAUCAACCCGAGAGAUUCUUGCCUAUCCCAAAAUCAGAUUCUAUCCAGCUGUUAUGUGAGGUGGACAUCAUGGAACAUUCUGAUGUGCAUUCCAGAAAUCCUCCUCCAGAAUUAAUGAUUCUGCCCUCGGAUGCUACGAUUUCUGACUUGAAAGCGGAGGCAACGAGGACAUUUCAAGAUGUAUACUUGAUGUUUAGAAGAUUCCAAGCUGAUGAGUUAGUUGGGUACAGCGGGCUGAAAGAAGCUACUCAGGUCAAACUCCUUUUAGGAUCUGCUGGGUUUGUCACAGUCCGAGGAAAGUUCCUUGGGAAAAAUGCACUGAGCAGGUAUAGAAUGGAAAGAGGAGUUGAGAGAUGGACAGUAGAUUGCUUCUGUGGAGCAAAGGAUGAUGAUGGGGAGAGGAUGUUGGCUUGUGAUGUCUGUGGUGUUUGGCAGCAUACCAGAUGUGCGGGCAUACCCGACCUGGAUGCUGUUCCUGCGAGGUUCAUUUGUCUUAGGUGCAGGUGUGUUAGUCAGACAACAAAUACAAGCGGGAAUUGCAAGGAUGAAUCAGUUGCUGGGGGCGUUCGUGGGGGCUUAGGAAAGAGCUUGACUAAUGCUGUCUGAAGUGCCCUGAGUUUUUUUCUUUAGCUGUAUAUGUUUCUUUUUUUUUCAGGUCUGAUAGAAUAUGUACAUACAGGCCAGGCCAAAGAGAAAAAUAUCAUCAGUGCACUCUGGCCAUUUUCCCCCCAGCUAAUGACUAGUUUUAUCCCUUUCCUCGUAUCAUUUUUGUACAUAUUCUUCAGACUGCUGAGCUAUGAUCUAACUUUAUAUUAUGUAGAAAGAAAGGCGCAUGUUAAAGGGAAAAAAAUCCCUAUUACUUUGUGUCGAAUUUUUUCGAGGUAUUA